AUGGCGACGGGAAGCGCCGGGACGGGAAGUGACGACAGAGUGGAGGAGUUGCUACUGGAAGAGGGGACGAGGACGUAUACUGGUGAUGGCGAGCUGGGAGCUGCUACAUUGACUAGGGAUGGCGACGAUGCCGACGGGAACCCAGGAUGGGAAGUGUUGACAGCGGCAGGGUCUGGCGCUGCUCUUCUUCCUCUGUUCACGAAGAGUCGAAGACAAAAACUGAAUUAG